UUCAUCCACAUUUAAAUAAAAAAUUGAAUAAGUUCGUGGCAGAAAAUGACGAAAGUUAAAAAUGUUUCGAUUACAAGAGCUUUUAGUGAAAGUGACAUACACAAUGAAGAAUAUUUUAAAGAACCUGACGGAAUGAUCGAUAUUGUCUUAAAAGAUGUGCCUGUAAAUGGCAUAGAAAACGGUACCAGCAAGGACAGCAAAAAGUAUGCAGGAAGAAGUAUUGCAGCACAAUUAUGCAUAAUCCUAUGUGUCGUACUGGGCGCCAUGGUAUGUUCUAUAAUAAUACUUGUGGUAGUAAAUAACUCGGGAUUGAAGACGCGUGUCCCACUCGAAAUCAGCACCAUUUCAAAUAUUGACUCGUUGGCAUCCUCAAGCGCUUCAGUUGCUAACUUACGUUUCAAAGAAGCGGUUGCAAAUGGUACUGUAAAUACAACAACUGAAACAGACACUAACAUUUUAGAUUACAAAAUAGUCAAUGAUACAUUUAACCUAAAUAAUUUAACUAUUUUGCACAUUUGGAAUGCAAAACGACAAAAAAGGGAGUCUGUUGGAAAGAAAUAUGUCGACUCUAAUGUAACUAACAGGAGUGACAUUACAACUUCAAAAACUAUUGCUGAAAGCUUAAAAACGCCACAGAAUAAGCAAAACAUUUGUCCCACGUUUGGUUUGAAAAUUUACCAGUCGCCCAUUAUGCCCCAUAUCUUUGAUUCACAUCCUAUCACACAAGGAGUCUCAUCUAUUCAAAACAAUCCUCAACCUCUAUUACCGUAUUAUUUUCACCCACGCGACAGGUUUCAAAGUAUGCUACAGCACUACGACCAACCAUCCGUUACGAGUCGACCCAUCAUGUGUACUCCUGCAAGGCAAAUUCCAGAAAGCAUUUUGGGGACUGUGAAAGAUAAAGAGGAAGCACCUCCCUUAGAUAAGCGAAACAACACGCGCUCGGCCAAUCAGUGUCCGUAUGGCGAAAUCAGUUGCGAAGACGACUCCAAAUGUAUCAAAGUUCGGCAAACGUGCGAUGGUGAGGUGAAUUGCAGCGAUGGUAGCGACGAAGAGUUUUGUCCGUGUAAAAGGAGAUUAUUAAAAUCGCGAAUCUGUGACGGUUACUUAGAUUGUCCUAAUGGUGAAGAUGAAAUGCAUUGUUUCGGUUGCGAAUCUGGAACAUUUAGUUGUGACGAUUGGUCACCUAGAGAGCGAUUCUCUACAUGUAUACCAAUUGAACAACGAUGUGAUGGAAUUGUACAAUGUGCUACUGAAAAGGACGAAUUAGAUUGCAGUAUUAUCGUUGAUCACUUAGGGACUAAGGACUUCAUGGUGACUAAAUCUGUUGGUUUCCUGUACAGAAAUUUUAAAGGCGGUUGGUACCCUACAUGCAGAAAUCCAGAAAUAUGGGCGAACGAUGCUUGCCAAUCUGAAAUGGGACUUAGCGCAGUUGCUCCUCUAACUCACCUAGUUCCGCUUGAAGUAGAUUAUGGUGGCUUCUACGUGAGUGCGACACAUUCCGGUACCAUAGAAUUGGUAGAUACAUGUGAGAGAAAUGCCGCUAUUUAUGUUGAAUGUCCGCCACCGAUAUGUGGAAUGCGUGUGCAAGAAAUAAACCCCUUCAGGCGAGAAGAAGUAGAUACAAGCGCAGAGAGGAUUUUGGGAGAGCCCUACUACGCACGGGUUUCCGAGAGUCACCAGAACGAGAGUGACCCACUGUUAGGAAGUGGAAGGGUUGUUGGCGGUCUUCCGAGUCAACCAAAAGCUUGGCCAUGGAUUGUUUCUGUAUACAGAAAUGGGAUGUUUCACUGCGGUGGUGCAUUGAUAAAUGAAAUUUGGAUAGUGACAGCCGCGCAUUGCGUCGACAAGUAUUCUCGCUACUACUACGAAAUCCAAGCAGGUGUGCUUCGAAGGUAUUCGUAUUCGCCAAUGGUACAAAAUCGAGUCGUAGAUCACAUAAUAUCUCACGAAUUUUACGAUCGUCACAAACUAAAAAAUGACAUCGCUCUGAUGAAAAUUUCCAAACCGCUCGAAUUUAAUAGAUACGUUAGACCCAUUUGUUUACCUUCCGAAAUUACAGCUGGCAAAAACUAUUUGUGGGGCCCAGAGCCGGGAACGCUCUGUACGGCGGUUGGAUGGGGAGCAACUGUAGAGCACGGAACUGAUCCGGACCAUCUUCGGGAGGUCAAAGUUCCUGUUCAUAAGAAGUGCAAGCAUAGAGAAGACGAAGAAGGUCACGAGAUAUGCGCCGGUUUGAGGGAGGGUGGCAAAGAUGCCUGCCAAGGAGAUAGUGGAGGACCGUUUAUGUGCAGGAACCCAAAUUUACCAAACCAAUGGUACUUAGCUGGUAUUGUCAGUCACGGAGAAGGCUGCGCGAGGCCGGACGAGCCAGGCGUUUAUACAAGGGUGAGCCUAUUUGUAGGAUGGAUAUCGGAACACAUAGGUGCUGAGGUGUUUUCUGUGAGAAGGCCAUUACGGCACUGCCCCGGAUAUGCUUGUGAAGCAAGUAAAAGAUGUAUAGGAAACAAAAGGCGAUGCGAUAAAGCUGUAGAUUGUUUGGAAGCCGAUGACGAAAUGCACUGCGGAAGAAAUACGUUUCCGGAGAUUUUUAAAAACGCGAUGAGACAUAUGUUUUUGCGGACCGGAGAAGAAAACCUGUCAAUUGCACCCAACUUUACUACAAAUGCAAGUGAAUCUCAUGGUACUAAGAAAAUUACAAAAAGAUCCAGUGAUACCGCUGAUGGAAGCAUAAUAGAAUUUGCAAAAAAUAUUUUGACACCUGGCAAUGAUCCAGACACAUCUACUAUUUCCCAAGACAAAAGUGUUUCGGAAGAUACACAUUUAGCACAAAUAGCAAUUCCACCUCAACUUGGUGGGCUAACUGAACCAAACUUUCUCCCAGAUCAUCAAACAAGCUCCAACCUAAUAACACAAUCUUCUAUUACAGAACCUAUUUCGAGUUUCGAAAACACUUCUAACAAUUUUACAAUCAAUCCAGUAGCAACUACGCAAUUAAAUGAACAGAAAACUGCGCAUUCACAACUCCACGAAUUAACCGCCCCCGCAACAACGUCGAGCCACGACGCUUCUGGAGAAUCGAUCAGUACAGAAACCGGAUGGAAUCUCCACCCUACUACAGUUUCAACAACACAAUUGAAUGAAAAUCUUUUCAAUGUUACGCAUUUAGCAAAAACAGAAACCGCGUUUCAAUCUACUGGUGAGACAACUGCGACUUCUUUCCUUCCAGAAGCAAAAGCUAUCCCAGCGACAAUAAAUUCCGAAAAUACUGAACAAUGGUCCAGUACAGAAGUCAUACCUAAUUACGAAAUCAUAACUUCAGAGUUGUCGCUUGAUAUUACUGUAAAUGCGAGUGAAAGCACAACUGUAACGAUAGUAAAUCGACUUCCAAUCGGUACAGAACGAGACCAAGCAACCCAGGCUAUUGAAAUUUCCACACCAAUUCCAAACAUUUCAGUAAGCAAUUCCACCACAUCAAUGAAUCCUACACCAGCCCGUCCUACAUGGAAGAUUCCUACAGUACUUGAGUUUCAUUGUAAAUUAAUCAAACAGACCAUUGACAUAACUAAGCUUUGCGACCGCCACGCUGACUGCGAGGAUGCCACCGAUGAGCAAAACUGUCGAUGUGCAGAUUAUCUAAGACACACGUUUCCCAGCACAUUGUGUGAUGGUAUUACACAUUGUUUGGAUAAAUCGGACGAAGAGGACUGCCAUAACUGCGACGAAAAUCAGUAUCACUGUCGAAAGAGUAGAACUUGUAUUAGUAUUACCAAAAGAUGCGAUAAUAAUCCUGAUUGCCCUUUGGAGGAUGACGAAAUAGAUUGCCUGGCUCUCACAAAUGGUAAGACAAUUUCACUGGAUGAGGACUUCCGGCCACUCAUUAAUAGAAAUGGUGUUGUAUCCAUAAACCGAAAAGGUGUAUGGCGCGUGUUGUGUACGGACCAAACUACCCAGAAGGCAAGCAUUGCCGCCGACAGUUGUUUUUAUCUGGGAUUUAGUGAUUACGAUAACUACAUGAGCUCAAAUAUUAACGAUGUCGCGCUCUCAGUGCAGCACAACAAUAUGCCCGUUUUACCUCAGGCCAUGAGCAACCAUAAAAUAGAAAAAUGUAUGGGAAUAUUUGUCAAGUGCUCCAAUAAUAUCGACAUACAACAUCACCCCCAUUACCUUCCUUUCAAUUCGAGCAAAAUUUUAGAAACACCAUGGAAUGCCGAAAUUUACAUGGAAGGAACUUACAAGUGUUCUGGAACUUUGAUAGAGACCGAAUGGGUGAUUACUUCAUCUUCUUGCCUUGACACGCAGUUUCGCUUGCACAACCACUAUAUCACCGUUUUGGUGGGUGGCACCGGUCACCUACCCGUUAUCAGCCCCUACGAGCAAGUUCGGCAAGUCGCAGACGUGCUACAAGUAGAAAAUUCAACCAUAGUGCUCUUGCGGCUUAACAAACCUGUUAAGAUAACUCGAUACGUACGACCAAUUAGUUUAGAUGUUAAGAAACAUACCGUCAGUGAAACAAGAAUAUGCUUAGCUCAACGCGCAAAUUCCCCAGACAAUUCCAAUAUUAUUUAUUUGAAACCACUGCUGGAUUGCGCAUAUGGACUUCGAUGUUUUCGAAAAGGGCAGAGUUUUCUUAACUGUCACGGUAAGCGUAAACGCUUGUUUUGGAGCGGAUCGAUAGUGUGUCGGUCUAUUCAUGGAUGGUACCCAGCUGCGGUAUAUUACGCGCCAUUGGGUGGUUGUGAUUUUCCAGAUAGAAUUUCGGUGGAUAGUGUUCAGUAUUGGAAAUCAACAAUAUUGAGAUUAAUGAAACAAGCUCACUUUCACAUUAUCCCUCCAAUUUGUAAACAGAUUCGCUGUGGUUUAGGUCAGUGCGUUCCGGAAAAAUCCGUUUGUGACGGAGUUCAAAAUUGCCUGGAUGGCGCCGAUGAGGACCCUAAAAUCUGCUCCAAAUUUCUAAAUUACUGCUCCCGAAACAGUAGUUGCCAGUGCUCCAAGUCGGAAUUGAAAUGCCGCAAUGGAAAAUGUGUACCCAAAGUUGCGUUUUGCGAUAAAAAGGACGAUUGCGGUGAUCAGUCGGAUGAGCCAGCUAUUUGUAACUGCAGAGCGUAUCUAACUUUGGCCAAUCCGCUUAAAGUUUGCGAUGGAGUGAGAAAUUGCCUGGAUCGUUCAGAUGAAGACCCUGAGGAUUGUAAAUGUACACACAGUAACUUUGCUUGUGGCCGUAGCGGUAAGUGCGUUUCCCAUGAUGUCGUUUGUGAUGGAUUUCGUGACUGUCCUAGUGGCGAAGAUGAAAUGCACUGCAUUGCCUUAAUUUCAUCCCAAAUAAGCUCACUUACCGAAGUACAGGAACGGACAUCCGGCGUAUGGCAUCCUGUAUGUUUCUCUAGAACCGUCACAACCUUACAAUUGGAGGAGAUUUGUAAACAAAUUGGUUAUACAGGAAGGAGCGCUAAAAGACUAAUUCCUGGUGAAAAUGUUGUAAGACACGGCGUGCGUGCAAUAACUCACAACUUCGAAAAUAUUUGGAUCAGACCCAAUGAAAAAAACAAGUUUUUAUUAGCCUUUAGGUACGGAAAUGAACCGUAUGUUACAUUAAAGGCAGACGUAAAGUGUUAUAGACUGUUUCUGCAAUGUUUAUGAUGAUUGUUAAUUUAAUUUGAUAAUUAAACCAGAAAUUUUUAA